UUCAAUUUACCUGUAGACAUUAAAUAUCUUUCCACCGAAAACAAUGGUGUCACACUCGCUCGCCCUGCCGAUGAUUUGCUUCACCACGCUAUGGGGGCUGGUGGGAGUUGUCGCUCCGUUUUUAGUGCCUAAAGGACCAAACCGAGGGGUCAUCAUAACUAGUCUGAUCCUGACAGCCAUUUGCUGCUACUUAUUUUGGUUGAUAGCAAUACUGGCUCAGGCCAACCCACUGUUUGGUCCUCAGCUGAAGAAUGAAACCAUAUGGUACCUUCAGUACUUCUGGGAAUAAACACAGGCUGUGUGAUAUUACAUCUGGAUCAAGCCUGUUGUCAUUCCACUCCCAGUUCGCUGGACUAAGGUUCAAAUAACUCCUAAAGUCUUGUUACCGUCCAACUCCAGCUUCCAGCCCAGCACCACAACCCUCAUUAAAGGGGCUAUGUGUAAUGUCCACCUGAGCGCUCACCUCUGUCGUUCAGCAGUGUGAAUAACAAAUAUAAAAGAAAACAGACAAGACAAGCAAAUUCAAAUGAAGAGUUAGCAGGUACCCAGUAUGUACUGUGAUAUCGGCCAUUUUCCAAAGCUUAUGUAGAUAUCAUUCGUCCAUAGUUUGCUGAGGACAGAGAGCAAGGUUCAAAACACUCAGCCGGCCACAUUCCUG